GAUCACGCAGUAUCAUGCCUGAACCAGCAAAGUCCGCGCCUAAGAAGGGCUCCAAGAAGGCCGUCACGAAGACCGCCGGUAAGAGUGGAAAGAAGCGCAAGAGGUCCAGGAAGGAAAGUUACGCCAUCUACGUCUACAAAGUCUUGAAGCAGGUUCAUCCUGACACCGGUAUCUCUUCCAAGGCGAUGGGCAUCAUGAACUCUUUCGUCAACGACAUCUUCGAGCGCAUCGCCGGUGAGUCGUCUCGUCUCGCUCACUACAACAAGCGCUCCACCAUCACUUCUAGAGAGAUCCAGACCGCCGUGCGUCUGCUGCUGCCCGGAGAGCUGGCCAAACACGCCGUGUCCGAGGGCACCAAAGCAGUGACCAAAUAUACCAGUUCCAAGUAGAGAUUUAACCGAGACUCUCAGCGACCCAAAGGCUCUUUUAAGAGCCACCUAUCUUCUCGUUAAAGAGGUUCUGUUGUCCGUAGAAUCAGUUGCCAAGUAAAUGUUAAGUAUCGAAACUUCCAUGACCGUAAUUUGAUCCGAGUCUAAUCCAAAGCUAGUUUUCGUGUUUAUUCAGCGACCUGUUUUCCAAAAAGUAUGGCAGUGUGGUUUUAAAAAAGCUAUUUAGUUUACUUAAGAUUAAUUAUUGCUAGGUUAUUGAGGUAAUUGAAUGAAGAAAUUUAAAGCGUUAGUUAACCCAAAAAUGAAAAUGUCACUUAUUACUCACCCUCAUAUCGUUCUACACCCGUAAGACUUUUGUUCAUCUUCGGAACACAAAUUAAGAUAUUUUUGACGAAAUCCGAUGGCUCAGAGAGGCCUGCGUAGACCGCAUUGGUACUUUCUCUCUAAAAAUCUAACUUAUCAACCUUAAUAUUAUAAAGCGACGAGAGGUGGG